GUCAUCGACGGCCGGGCGCAAACGGGCUAGUCUGUGCGUGGCCGGCUCCGGGUGCGGUCGACGUGCGUUCAGUUCCGCGAUUCUUCGUCAUGGCCUCUGCUGGGACUCAUGUUUCUCCUGCCGUCCCGGGCGCCCCGCUGUCCUCAGCGCCGCCGCCUCCUCCUCCUCCUCCUCCUCCUGCUCCCCCCGCGGGGAUUCUGAUCGGCGACCGGUUGUACUCGGAGGUGUCGCUGACUAUCGACCACUCGCUCAUCCCCGAGGAGCGGCUCUCGCCGACUCCUUCCAUGCAGGACGGACUAGACUUGCAGAGUGAAACCGACCUCCGGAUCCUGGGUUGCGAGCUCAUCCAGGCCGCGGGCAUACUCCUGCGUCUGCCACAGGUGGCGAUGGCGACCGGGCAGGUGCUGUUCCAUCGUUUCUUCUACUCCAAGUCCUUCGUCAAGCACAGUUUCGAG